GAGAGAGAGAGAAAGAGAAAGAGAGAGGGAGUGACUACAGAUGCUCUGGUAAUCUGCCACAGAGUCAAAGCAAAGCAGUUGCAAAACGUCUCCUCUCCUUUGACAACACAGAACAGGAUUGAAAAACCACAGAGGAAUUGGAUUAAACAAGCAGUACCGAAAAAUAGGAAUAGCUGACAUUUGCAAGAAGAGGAACACUGACGCACUCUGUGUUGAAUCGUUUCUGAAGGAAGUUUGUUGCUGUACGUUUGUGGUGAAGUCUUUAUUUUGGUGCUGCUGGGAUGUCCUGGUUGUCUCCAGUCCAGUGGGCAAAAUGGACAUGGUCAGCAGUGACAGGAGGAACAGGCGAAGAGGAAGCUAAAAAUGAAGGAGAGGACAAUUCAGAUUCAGAAGGGGCAUUUGACACUCCAGAGGCAGAAUCCCCAGGAGUGGCUAAACUGUUGGGACAACUGGACAACACAAACCACAUAGCCCCAUCUGAUGCCUCAAACCACUUUCUGGACCAGAACUCCAACCAGGACAUUGCUCCAGCAUCACCUGAAGAUGACACUACAGCUGACCUCACAAGCUCCGCCCCUAGCACUGUCCUGGGGCACAGCUUUGGGUUGGACCAAAACCUCAACUUAACCCUUGGCUCCAAACCCUGUCCUUCAUCUCGCUCCCCAACCACACGCCCUCCCUCCCUCUCUGUCCACUCCAAACCAGACCCUGCAGAGGUGGAUGAUGAAGCACCCAUAACUUCAGAUUCAAGUCCAGACUCAAACCUCAUUUCCCCCAAUAACAGUUAUUUGGACAGUGACUUACUUAACGGCAACAUGAACUCUGAUAAACUGAGCUGUAACCUGGAAGGACCUAAAACCACAAUGAUCACAAACUCCUGUAAAAUGAAGUCGAACCUCAAAGUCCAGGAGGAGCCUCACAGGAAACAUGCCACUGAUGAAGAAAAGUUGGCCGUCACAGUUGGUGGUAAACCAGACCAGGACCAGAUCAUUGAAGAUUGCCGUGUGAAAUCUUUAGAGUCUGACUGUUGCGCUUUGAAUGAUGACCCCGACAACACGAAGAACAGGGAAACAGGAAGUAACAUGCAGAAAACAGGAAGUCAGGUGCUUGACUCCAUUUGCAUCAGUGAAGAGGAGAAGCAAGCUGUUCUCACUCUCAUCCGGGAAGAGAUCAUUACUAAAGAGGUAGAAGUGAGCAGCUGGAAGCACAAAUUUGAAGAGAGCAGACAAGAAGUCUCUGAGAUGAGGAAAAUAGUAGCAGAAUAUGAAAAGACAAUAGCUCAAAUGAUAGAGGAUGAGCAGCGGAGUAAAAUGACUUCCCAGAAGUCUUUGCACGCCAUGACGAUGGAAAGGGACACAGCUCUGGCUGACCUGAACUCUGUGGAGCGCUCUCUCUCUGAUGUGUUCCGACGAUAUGAAAACAUGAAAAGCACACUGGAGGGUUUCAAGAAAAAUGAAGAAGUGUUGAAGAAGUGUGCUCAAGACUAUCUGGCCAAAAUCAAACAAGAGGAGCAGAGAUAUCAGACUCUGAAACUUCAUGCAGAGGAAAAGUUAGACAAGGCCAAUGAAGAGAUCGCUCAGGUGCGGGCCAAGUUGAGCUCGGAAAAUGUGGCCCUCACUGCCGGCCUGAGAAAAGAGCAGAUGAGGGUAGAGUCUCUGGAGCAGGCCUUACAACAGAAGAAUCAGGAGAUGGAGGAACUCACUAAAAUUUGUGAUGAGCUCAUUGCCAAAAUGGGAAAAACAGACUGAGUAAGACAGAGCCAAUCAAGGAGAGACUUUUUAACCUGUGCCAGCCUUGCAUUUCAGAGACUCUUUUGUUAAUCAUGUAAUGCAAAUGUACAAUGCAUUUUAAUAUUGCACUAUUGUUAGUCAGUGAGCUGCUUUUAAAGUAUGUAAAAUGUUCUGUUAGAAAAUCUACAAUGACAUCUAUUGGAGAGUUUAUGGAAACACUUCAUUGUAUGUUUGAAUGAGCUUUAGGCAAGAGUUGUUUCUUAUGAUGCUAAGUAUGUUUAUAUUACUCUGAAACAAGUGUCGUCUGAGCCUGAAUCGUGCAAAGUUGUAAGUUGUAUUACCAGUGAGGUUAUAAUAUUGUAGCUACAUUUUGUGCCAUUUGUUUCCAUUUCUACAUGUAUUUAAAACAUUGCACUAAUCAUGGUUAGAACAACCUGUGUUACUUUGUCUUGAGUGUCAAACUAACAAACCCUUAUGGACUCUAAUUUGUACACACCCAUAGCCAUCUUGAUUUAAUAACAAUUUGCUCGCUGCACUUUUUCUUCACAUUAUCCAGAUUUUGACUAUUGUUGACAUGUUGCGUAAAAUUCUUUAUAUUUUGA